AGCACGGUGAAAUCACGAGCACGGAAACGGUGUGUAUAUUCUGAUAUUGUGAUCAGAGUAGGCUACUCUCAAGACCGGAAUACGUAUUGUAACGUCAACUAAAACACGGACACUAACUUGGCAAGAAGGCUUCGUGUUUGUGAUAUUUUAUGGACGUUUCAAAUCAAGUUUUAUGAUCGCAGUUACUCUCAGCUGCCGUCACGAUCCUCUCCAUCCUCACUGUGUGUGUGAACGUUUGGUCCUCUCAACGUUAACAGAUGGCUCAGGAAGGUGGACCUCGCUUCCUCCUCUCCCUCUCCAUGUUUCUCCUCGGGCUGUCCUCUCUGAGUGUGUGUCACCUUCGCUCUCCCGGGUCCAUGAGGUCAAUGGCUGCAGCCGGGACUGUAUCCAAUCACACUGCAAGAGAAGUCUCAAAAAUAGCUGCAGAGGUGGCAGGCUACGCUGAUGUGGCCAAACGGAUUAUUGACCUGGCUGUGUUUGGAGCUGCCCAGAACCGCUCUCACAGACGGCUGGCCGACUUCACCGACACCAUAGGGAACCGUGUCAGUGGCUCACACGACCUGGAGAUGGCUAUCAAAUACAUGUACAAUGCCUUUGCACAGGAUGGGUUGGACGUACAUGUAGAGCCAGUCAAAAUCCCACAUUGGGUGAGAGGGGAGGAGAGUGCAGAAAUGAUUGCACCCAGGGCCAAACGUCUGGCUAUACUGGGACUGGGUAGCAGUGUAGGGACUCCACCUGAGGGUAUCGAGGCAGAGGUGUUGGUGGUUCAGUCUUUUGAGGAGCUGAAGCAUAGAGCCAGCGAGGCCAUCGCGAGGAUUGUAGUCUUUAACCAGCCAUUUGUUAGCUACGGGGAGACGGUGGCUUACCGUGCUUAUGGCGCCUCUGAAGCAGCCAAAGUGGGAGCUGUGGCCACACUCAUUCGAUCUAUUACUCCAUUCUCUAUAAACAGUCCCCACACAGGUUGGCAGGACUACCAAGAGGGAGUAAAGCGCAUCCCUUCAGCCUGCAUCACUGUGGAGGAUGCUGAGCUAAUGUGGCGUAUGGCGCAGAGAGGGCAGAGGAUCGUGGUCCGACUCUCAAUGGGAGCCAAGACGCUACCAGAUGCUGACUCCUUCAACACAGUGGCUGAGAUUACAGGCUGGCAGCACCCCGAGCAGGUCGUCUUACUGAGCGGCCAUUUGGACAGUUGGGAUGUGGGCCAAGGCGCCAUGGAUGACGGAGGUGGAGCCAUGAUUUCCUGGGAGGCCCUGUCACUCAUCAAGGACUUAGGUUUGCGUCCGAGGAGAACCAUGCGGACGGUGCUGUGGACAGCUGAGGAGCAAGGUGGAGUCGGCGCACAGCAGUACUAUGAUCUACACAAGGUGAACAGGUCCAACUUUGACCUGGUCAUGGAGUCUGACCUGGGGACAUUUACCCCGGUGGCUCUGCAGUUUACUGGCAGUGUUGCAGCACAAAAGAUCAUGGCAGAAGUGGUUAAACUGUUGGCUCCCAUUAAUACGACCACACUGGAGACACAUGGAGAAGGGACAGACAUCUCACCGUGGAUGAAGGCAGGAGUACCAGGUGCCAGCCUCCAUGUGGCAGACAGUCGAUACUUUUGGUUCCAUCACAGUGAAGGUGAUACCAUGACGGUUCAAGACCCUCAUGACAUGAACCUCUGCUCGGCAUUGUGGGCCGUGGUUGCCUAUGUCGUGGCAGACCUAGAGGACAUGUUGCCCAGGUAGCCCGUUAGCACACGGAAUGCUGAGUGGACAGGAAAACGCGAUGAUCACUGUUAAGUGGACCGGUUAAUUCCCAAAGAAAAACUUGAGAUUGAAUGGGCUGAUUUAAGAUAUUUUGAAUGUGGAUAAACAAGGGAAUCAAAUAGAGUAUUAAAAAAAAGAGAUCAAGUUACUUCUCUUUGUUUAUGGACCACUUUAAGUUCCACGAUGUCACCACUAAAUAUGUUUUAGACCCAAUAGAUAUGGAAACAUUGUAGCUCAGGGCAAUCUCAUGAUGAUCUUGAAUGUAAAGCAAACUAAAGUUCGGUCCAGGACAACGAUUGGGCAUUUAAAGAUUUUAAAACCCAAAGCAACACAAUAUAAGCUUACAUGAUCAUGCUGUGUAAUGAUUUUACAGAGAAGAGCAUUUCUUAGAACGGGAGACACAUUUUAUAUUUUUUAAGUAAAAAGAUUAUUUUUCAAAUGCUGGUAUACUGACCGAGACGAGACUAAGAAAAAAAGAAAAGCUGAAUUACUGUAUUUGUCCUGAUGCCUAAAUAUAAUGCCCUGCAAAAUCAAACAAGCAAAAACAAUGAGCUCACAUGAGUGUGUUGAGAAAUAGUGGAGAUGCCCAAAUUCCCAAUGUCAGUUUCCAGUUAAAUAGAAGAACAACCUCAUCUUUAAAAUAUGUAUUUUUAAAAAUCUGUUUUUGUGUUUCUUUGAGGUCUAAAAUAUUGUAAUUCCUGCCUUCGUCCUGCUUAACUGAAGACAUUUUAAUGCCACAUUUACAGGAUGUUUUGUACGAUUUUACACUUCAAAAAAGUAAUUGCAGUGUUAAAAAAUAAUCAAUAAAGUAUCAAUAAUGACUUUACACUGUCA